AUGGAGGAGUUGAAGGUGCACCUCAGCGACAGCGACGGAACGCCGAUCCUCGUCCAGGCCCUGUGGGACGCCGCGGUCCGCCAGCUGACUCCUCCUCCUCCUCCUCCUCCCUCGGUGCCCCCCCGGACAUCGCCUCGUGCCAGGGUCUCCCCCGUGCUGGUUGUGACAGGACACAGCCCCGCGCCCCGUCACCGUGACCCACUGGAGUGGACCGUCGUCGGACAGGAGGGCAAGAUUCGAGCAUCUCCGGUGCAAGAGUCUGUCCUCCCGUCCAACCCCGUGUGGUUCAGCGGCGACAUCCUGGAUGCCAUGGAGAGGGUUUCGCCAUCCUCGGACAGCGACGUCACUUCCCUUCUGCCAGCUGGCCAGGUCAUCACGGUGCUGGUGGUUGUGUGGCUCAGGUCCCAGGCUGCUCCAACUUCCCGUGUGAGGCGUUCGCCGAAAGGUGUUGCCACAAGGUGUAGAGGAGGGAAGCGGCAGGUGCUGGCAACACCUUCACCUGCCCGUGUCACCGUGCCUGCCUCCGGGCCCAGACCAGCGGUGCAGCAGGUGGAGACGACAGCCCAGGAGUCGUCCAGCGUGGUGCCAGGGGUGGUCGUCGUCCGGGAGGAGGUCGCCGCAGCGUGCCCAGCUGUCCCGGAGGUGGAGGCGACAGUCCAGGAGUCUGCCAGCGCGGUGCCGGGAGUGGUCGUCGGUCAGGAGGAGGUCGCCGCAUCGUGCCCUGCUGUCCCAGAGGAGCAACAGAAGAUCUUCAAAGCUAAGGCUGUUUUUGUUCCUUCUGUUUGUGUUAGUGAUGUUAAGUCAGAGUCUAGCGCUAAUGCUGUGGCAACAGGGUCUAACAUAGAUAGCAGCAGGAUUAGGCUAGCUAAAGUUGUGCGCGGGUCGUUUCAUCAGGGAAAUGCCCGAUUUGUGUAUGGUGGUGUGCAGUGUAUGGCUAUAGCUUUGGUCAGCUUAGCCAAACACACAGUGAGGAGCGCGUUCUCGUGGGACAGGCUGGAUCUGGAUCGCGCGUUGGUUGAAGGUGAUGAGUUGUACACGAGUUUGCGUGACCUCAACAUCUUCAGCCAUGUGUCUAAUCUGCUGUCUGUGCCAGAUUUGCCACAACAGCUGGAAUUAGACGGACGGCUGUUUAGGUUCGGUUUUGGUGACACGGUGUUAGGCGAAGUAGGCGUGACCGAAGGUGAAUACAUCGAUUUCGGUGUGUUCAUCAGCUUGCGUAAUGGACUGGAGAGAAUCUUCAGUCAAUACACCACAUGUCUUUUGACAAUGUGCGGAAACACCACUGCCAUCGUGUGUGAGGGUGGACGGUUCGCUGUGGUCGACAGUCACUCACGCAGUAACACUGGCUUGUUACACCAUGACGGUACAAGCGUGGUUCUGCAUUUCGCGUGUCUCGACGACCUGCACCACUACAUCUGUCGUUUGGCCGACAGUCUCCGUUCGAGGGAGAAGCUCUUUGAGCUGUGUGGUGUUACGGUCAGCACGGAUGCAAGUCCAGCGCGGUCUGGUGUGUCUGUGGAGAGUCUCAUCACUGAGAUGAGCGCUGCUCCAGCACCAGAGUCUAGUGUGCUCACUGAGGCUGGGAGAAAAAGUGAGGUGUCUGCAGGCGUUUGUGUGCCUGAGUGUGGUGUCAGCAUUGCCGCAAGUCCGGCACUGUCUGGCAUUUCUGUGUUGACUUUCUCCAGCGAGGUGAGCAGCGGUUCAGCGGCAGAACCAACAGUGGCUAAUGGCAGAAAGCGUGUUAUUUCUUCCGGCACUUGUAUGUCGAAGAAAUCCAAGAGUUUCGAUGUCCGAGAGGUCAAUUCGGAUGUCGAAUUUGUUAGCGAGGUGAGAAGUGAAGAGCUGGUCUUCCAUCCCCUCGGCUUGGAUGUUUGUCGUGCUUUAUGCACAAAGUUGAACGUCGAUUGCGUGAAGGUUGUUAGUCCGGUAGCCACAGAGGAGGGGUUGUUGGGUGUUCCUUGUAGCAAAGAGAGGAUUGUGGCCGAUGGGAACUGCUUCUUCAGAGCCAUCUCUCAGGCUAGUAUAUUCAGCAGUCCAGGAUGA